AUGAAAUUUUCAGGAAAUGAAGGCAUAGCAAUCGAUGAAGAAGCUAUAGUCAACGAGCUGAUGACCAACUGUGAGCAUGACGAGACAGCGAGCAACCAAUGCGGGUGCAAGAUCCCGUUACUAAAUCAGCGACAAAGCCCGAUGGUGAUGAGCAUCGGCCCCUACCACUACGAUCCGCUCAGCUCGAUGGAGCAGCAGAAGAAGGCGACCCUCCACGAGGUGCUCCAGGUGGAGGACGGACAGAAGCCUGCCGUGCUGAAAAGUUUACUGUGCGCGGUCAGCUCCGUCGAGAAGGAAGCGAGGGAGCAUUACCUGGACCGCGCCCAUGACAUGAGCAGUGAGGAGUUUGUGCAGAUGCUGCUGCUCGACGGCGGCUACAUACUCGCCAAGUUCGUGCUCCCUCACUGCUGCGCCGGCUCGGCGCCGGCGGCGAGCCAGACCGGGAGCGCGAUGCACGAUAUGGAAUUGGUGCGCGACAUCUUCUACCUACUCGAUAACCAGAUACCAUUCUGUGUCCUCAAGAAGAUCCACAAGGUGCUCCAUGGUGACAGCAGCAUGCCGUCCAGUGUGGUCGCUGACACCUUGUUCACCAACGUCCGGCGACUGCUCCAACAUUUCGGCUACUCUAUUCGCAACGACACGCUCGUCGAUCCCUGGCACCUGCAUCACCUGCUGUACAUGCACUUUCAGCCCCACAACGACGGCAGCAUCAGUAGUAGUGUUGCGCAGGUCCACAGCGGCCGGAAAUCUAAAGCCAUCACGUACCGCUGGCACGCGGCGACCUACUACCAUGCCGCCGGAGUGAUCUUCAGGAAGCGGCACCUCGACCACGGCGCCAGCGAGAAGUGGUGGUGCUGGUUCAUUGACGGCGGCGCCCGGUCCAUUCUGGACGUGAGGUUCGAUGGCCUGACGCUGCGCAUCCCGUCUCUUCUGGUGGACAACAACACGUACACCGUCCUGCGAAACCUGAUGAUGCUGGAGCAGCACAACCCGGAUAAACUCGGCAGCCACGUCACUGCCUACUGCAUCUUCCUGUCGCAGAUCGCCGGCACGGCGAGCGACGUCGCGCUCCUCGUGAGGAUGGGUAUCAUCGUGCACCUCAUGCCCAACGAUAUCGAUGUCGCCAACAUGCUGGCCAGCCUGUGCAGCGGUAUCACCAUCGACUUGGACGAGCCCAAACACAACUACCUGCACAACGCAAGGAAGGACCUGGAGCGAAUGUCCAAGAAACGCACGACUAGGUGCAUGGCGCUGCUGCGUCGCAACCCUAUGCUGAUGGCCGCCAUUUAUGCUGUCGCGGUUGGGUUAGCCUGCCUACUUCUCCUGGCCAUCUAUACCUUGAAGAGCUACUAUCGUAACGGAGGCGACGCAUGA